CGACCAAUCAGCGGCCGCCACGUCACCUACGUCACUGGCCGGCCGAGACUGCAGGCUGCAGCGUCGGCGCACGCUGCCGGCGGCCGAUACGAACGGCCGCCGCUCCCCAACAAUUGCAUGGCACAGUUGAUGAGCUGCAGUAACCAAUGUUAGAAAUAUAUGCCAUUGCCAUUGCACACUAAUUGCAAUAAAUCCACAUCGCCUUGGGCCAGGAACCCAGAGUUUUGCUAACAGAAUAAGAAGUUUGCAUUUGUAAUUUAUAGAAAUGUUCAGUUGUCCCUAGUAGGGCUGGUAACUAGUAAGGGUCAUGACCUAGAUAGUGUGCACACUGAAGUAGCUCAUUGCAGUUCCUGUGUGCCAAUUUUUCAGUUAGUGAAGGAAGUGCAGUGCUGUUGGUUCCUCAUUUCCAGGUAGCUGCAUUAUAAGAUAAUCAUGUGUGGCGCGACCAGAGAACAUGACACGCCUCCGCCAUCACCGUUCCGUGGCUCCGGCGACGAGGACGAGACUCUGGAGCCCGAUGAGGUGGUCGUCGAUGACGAUGGAAUGGUUCUGGAGGAGGUGGAGACGCUGGAGGAGGGUCCUCCCCCUGAGGACGAGGACGACGACAUGGACGCUGCUGCCGUGGAGGAGGAGGAGCCUGUCGAGGACAUGUCGCGGCUGACUCUGGACGGCCACAAGGGGUCGGCGUUCUGCGUGGCAGUCUCUCAGGCGGGAGACGCACCUCUUAUCGCCUCGGGUGGUGAGGAUGAUUGCGCGCGCGUGUGGCGAGCCGACACGGGCGCUCUGGUGCUCACCACCUCCGGCCACAAGGAUUCCGUAACUCAGGUGGCUUUCAGCAGUGAUGGCAAGUUACUGGCCGCCGGAGACAUGGCAGGACUGGUACAGGUGUACCGCGUACUGGGAGGGGAGAAGGUCUGGGAGUUUGACACCGGCCUGGACCUCACCUGGCUGGCCUGGCACUCUGUGGCGCCGGCGCUGCUGGCCGGCACCCAGGACGGACAGGGCUGGAUGUGGCGCAUUCCUCGCGGCGACACCAAGACGCUUGCCUCGCACGGAAGCGGUUUGAGCAAGGCGGCGCUGCUGGCGGACGGCGCCCACCUGUUGGCCGGGUAUGAGGACGGCUCGGCGCGUCUCUGGCAGCUCCGCUCCGGUCAGCCGGUACAGCAGUUCAGCGGCGCCGCUGCUCACUCGUCACCGGUCACCUGUGCAGCCGCGCACCGUGAUAACGUCCUCCUGGCCACCGGUGCUAUGGAUGGCUGGGUGAGACUCUACAGCGCUACAUCGGGGAAGCUUCUAACCACCCUAGCAGCUGCUCCUGAUGCCGGCGCUUCUACUGACGCGGAUGAUGACGAAGGCGGUCCCCAGUGUGUGGAGGCGGCGGCUUUCGCCCCGACGGAGACACCCCUGCUGGCCACGGCUUCUGUCGGCGGCGUCCUGACUCUGUGGGAUGCUGUGGCGCAGCGCGCCCGUCACCGUCUCUCCGACCUCUCCGGUGUAACCUGUCUGCGGUGGACGGCGGACGGUACCCGGCUGCUGGUCGGAUGUCUGGAUGGAGAAGUGGUAGAGGUGGAUGCGCGUGCCGGUGGGGUAGUGAGACGUCUUACCUCGGUACCCAGCAGUGUACUGGACAUGGAGCUAACAGCGGACGGUAAGGCCGUGGUGGUGGCGAUGGAUGACGGAAAGGUGCGACUGUUUGACCUGGCUCAGCCCGCGGCUACAUAGGGACGACGAGGUGAUCGCUCGACGGGCGAGGUGCCACUGUUUAAUGUAAAUGGAUAUGGUUAAUAUCUGGUCAUCGGAGCAUUGUUUUCUGAACAUCUUGUUAGGAUGCUGCAAUAAUGCCGAUCGCAUUCGUAUUUCAGCAGGCUUUUGCUACUUGGAUCCGAUUUUGACGAUGAUCAGGAAUUCAUUUGUGUUGUAUUGUUGGGCGUGGCUAUGCCUGCGGAGAAGUUUAUAUGUAUGACGAAAGUGUAAUGUUUUCUUCGCAUCAUGGUAGACAUGCUUGAAUCCAACAGUAGCGCAGGAUUAUUGUCAAAAAGUUGUUUUUUGUUCGGUACUACGGUGGUUCAGAAAUCAGAUACUUGAAAUUGGUUUGAUAGUCGAUAUCGAACGAGGGUCUUAGGGACUCUUUUGUAAUAAACUGCCUUAUCUUGAAUAAAUCGUCUACGCAUUUGGCA